CACAUUGGUCAACUCUGGUUGUGGUAUAUAAUGCUAUAUGAAAUAAAAUUGCCAAUGACAUAGGCCUAGUUUUUGCAGCAUGAAUAGCAGGUGUCUUCUCUUGACACAUGAAGACAUUUCAUUCAGCUGGUGUGUGUGUGUGCUUUAUCAAUGAGGUGGACUCCAAUGCCCACAACUCUUCCCGUGAUGACGCCGCGCAGCGCACAACGCGUCUCACGCAACGCUCUGUGUUUUGGAGAAGAACGGAAGAUGGCGACCUCAAACAAUCCUCGAAAAUUCAGCGAGAAAAUCGCCCUGCACAACCAGAAGCAGGCGGAGGAGACGGCGGCGUUUGAGGAGGUCAUGAAAGACCUGAGCAUCACGCGAGCAGCGCGGCUGCAGUUACAGAAGACCCAGUAUUUGCAACUAGGCCAGAAUCGAGCUCAGUGCUAUGGAGGGUCACUGCCCAAUGUCAAUCAGAUUGGAAAUAGCAACACUGACCUCCCUUUUCAGACGACGGUUUUAGACACCAGUCGGACGUCCCGACAUCAUGGCCUGGUGGACCGUGUGUAUCGUGACAGGAAUCGCAUCGCUUCUCCGCAUCGUAGACCUCUCUCUGUGGACAAGCAUGGACGUCAGAUCGACAGCUGUCCCUAUGGCUCAGUAUAUCUGUCACCACCUCCCGACACAAGUUGGAGAAGAACCAACUCUGACUCAGCUCUACACCAGAGCGCUGUGAAUCCAGCUCCACAGGACACUUUUGUCGGUGGAUCUCAGGAACUGCAGUCGAAAGGAGUAAAAACAUUGCUGUUGCUCACCCCUCCAGAUACAGAGGACACUGAGUCAGAGAUGGACAAAGACGAGCCCAAAACAUCUCUGCAUUCAGAGUCCUGUGACGUUCCUGGGAUUAACAUAUUUCCAUCUCCUGAUCAAGAAAUGAGUAGCUCUUUGAUGCCAGCUGCUCACAGCACCGGUGGCUCCUUACCAGAUCUGACAAACAUCCAGUUCCCUCCUCCUCUCCCCACCCCACUGGACCCAGAUGACCCCAUUACCUUCCCUACAUCCAGCUCCAGCAGUACCACCAACCUGACACACCUGGGCAUCAGUGCUGCCAGUCACAUCCCUCCCUCCUCUCCCGCCCCCUCGCCCAAUAUCAGCCCACAGCUGCCCUCUACCACACUGCCACCUGCUGUCUCCCCCCAGAUACCCAUCGCACAGUCGAUCACGAUGGACAGUCUGUCUCUGGAGCAGCAGUUGUCUCAGUAUUCACUGCUGAGUUUACUGAACGACCUGCAGAAACAGCCACACAGCUUCCCUCAGAACAUUCGGCUCAUACGCCUCCCGCCUCUCACCGUAAGCUCCGCCCCCAACACCACCAGCCAAUCGCAGACAGCUACAAGCGCAACUGCCAGUUCGUACCGUCAGACCGGCUCUUCAACCAAUCAGUCACCCACAUCUCCAGUGUCCAAUCAGGGCUUCUCACCUGGCGGCUCACCACAACAUAUUCAGGGUGUCGGAAGCAUCUUUGGAGAUUCAUUUUAUGAUCAGCAGCUUCCAUCCAGACAGACCAAUGCCCUCUCAAACCAGCUGGAGCAGUUCAACAUGAACAUGAUGGAGAAUCCAGGUGGCUCUAGUCACUGUUCAACGCUGAACUACACACAAGCAGCCAUGAUGGGUCUAACCGGGAGCCACAGCGGUCAGCAGGACGCACAGCAGCUCGGUUACACUAGCCAUGGCAACAUCCCCAACAUCAUUCUCACAGUGACGGGAGAAUCUCCGCCGAGUCUCUCCAAAGACCUCACCAGCUCGCUGGCCAGCGUUGGUGACGUCAGCUUUGACGCAGACUCUCAGUUCCCGUUGGACGAGUUGAAGAUCGACCCCUUGACACUGGACGGACUGCACAUGCUCAACGACCCGGACAUGGUUCUCGCCGACCCGGCCACGGAGGACACGUUCCGCAUGGAUCGACUGUGAAUGCACUUCGAAGCCAGACGUUCCUCUGCAUGGCCUUUCUGUUCACCAUCUGGUCAGUGGCCGUCCAUGUCCCCCCAAACACCCACAUAACAGCAUGCUGCCAACCCGCUGGAGCCCAGGGGCCGGUGGAGGCGGCGGCGGUCAGGGUUUGGGGGGUGGUGAAGGUGGAAGUGCUGUAUCCACACUGGAUAGUUCCCAAUGCGCAAUACCAUCAACUCUCUUCACGUAUUCAUGUUUUGGCGAGUCGCCAAUGCGCGGUUUCUAUUUAUUCCUUUUUAGUUGUUUAUUCUUACGAUUUCAUGGAUCAUCCUAUGUUUAUAUUCGUAUUUACAUAAUAAGCAAAUUGCCAAAUUUCAUCUAUUUUUUUAAGGUUUACGUAACUAUGCCAUCUGUGUAAUGAUGCGUGUGAAAUCGACAUAUUUAUUUAUUAUAAUUAUUUUUUUAAUUCUAGAUAUAAAUAUAUAUUAUUUAAUCAUAUUUAUGUAAGGAGCACUACUCCCCCAGAUUGUGUAUCAAGGGUUUAAAGGAGCGUUGCUCAUCGUACGCCGGAAGGCAUCAAGAUAGCUUCCAUGACGAUUCGUUUUGCUGGCUUUUUUUGGUAUCAUCCCAACAUCUCAAGUUGUCACGAUUGGUCUCAUUCUUUCAGUAUCAGUUUUCUUGCAGGAGGACAGCAGUGUCUAAAUAGAAAUGUGACCCAUCUUUCGGUGUUUUUGUGGACUGUCGCGUGACUUUCUGUAUGCAUAUGUUAUUUAUUCGAAUUGAAGGUCUUAUGGCUGAAAUGUACGCUUCAACGGUGGUCGGUAAAUAUGUGACCUUCGAGCUGCUGCAGAAACCUGCUGAACACUUCACUGUGAGAGGACCUGAUUUUGCCUUACAUGAACAAAAUGCUGUUUUUAACUGUUAAUGUGUUUUUCUAAUCGUCUCUGAAGUGUUCUCCUCUCGAUAUUCUUGUUUUAAUAAUGCCAUUUUGUUUAGUAUUGAGUGCUGUAAUAGUUUGUACUUGUACUGCCAAACUUAACUCGAGGUUCUGUUGUCAAAAUGAUGUCAGUCAUCUGGCUUGGGGUGAGUAAUGCUCCUUAUUCUGUGCUGUUUACGGGAGUUUGUGUUUGUCAUUCCCAUGUGUAUGUUCAAGCCCUGUCGCACCUUGAUCAAGCUAUAGGAAGGAAUUAAGGAAUCACUCAUUUACAAUUCAGUGACACAGUUAUGAUCUCUAUAUACAGUGGGGUCCAAAAAACCUGGAAUGAAAAGUAUUAAAAACAACGAAGCAAAGGGGAUGAAAAGAAAGAUAUAUUAGCAUUUAAAUGUGAAUUUUGAGAUUUAUUUUGUAAAACUGGUGCAUUGAUAAUUUUAGAGGCUUUUUUCUACUAUGGAAUAAAGAGAAAAAAACAAACAAACAGUUAAUUUUGACUUAAUCUCACAAUUUUUCUCAUGCAGUUACUUGUUUAGAAUCUCAUAAUUGUGACUUAUUAUAAAAAAUAAAAUAAAAAAAUUUGCAAGAUGUUAUCUUACAAUUGCAAUAUGUAAACAUGAUCCUGUGAGAAAAAGUCAAAAUCAUGAGAUAAAAAAGUCGCAAUUACCUUUAUUAUUAUUAUUUGUAUUUUUUUAUUUAUUUUUUUGUGGAAGAAAAAAAAACAGAAUUGCAAGACAAACUCAGAAUUUAGAGAAUAAAAGUUAAGUGUGAGAUAAAAAGUCACUUUUUUUUUUUGGACCCCACUGUAUCUAACUUGUCAGUCUGAAAACAACAUGUUUAUAAUACAGAUAAUGAAGAGCAAAUUGAAGUUUUUGGCAAUUGAACAAGAUGUUUUCUGCUAAAGUUUUAGUAAUUUCGGAUCAGUCAGAUACAUUUUGGUCAUCUGUGUCUUUUUAAGGGAAAUAAUAACUCUUAAAACUGUGCAAAUCCAAUUUGUGAUUCCUGUGCAAUCUAAACGAAUUAAUCAACCAACAAUCUGGAAUAUUUCUGGUUGCAUAUAAAGAGCAUAUUUAGGGCUGAGAAAUAGGGAUUGGCUCAGAUGGUGAAUACACUAGUUGGUUUAGAUGUAACAAAAACUGCAAUACUCACUUUAGUUUUCCUUUUUCAAACUGUGCCAUUCAGUUUUCAUAUGUUUACCAUAAGCACGUUUCUCUACCUGAAAAUAGUGUACAUAAUGCUUAUCACUGGAAUAUGACGACUGCAUGUCAAAAUGAGAAAAACCUUUAGAAUGAGGUCUUCGUUCGCUUUUUGGUAUGAAGUCUUCAUUAGCUUGGCUUAUUCCAGUAAAAAGAUUCACUGCACACAAACCAAUGUAGACCCCCGAGACACUGUGCAUGUAUUAGUUAAUGCUAGUGGUGUCAUUUUACCACAUCUAUGAUCAUGUUUAGAAACAGAAUGUAUUUAUGGGGCUCCGUGUUAUGAUUGCAUUACACCAAAAGACCUGCUUGACGAUGCUUGACCAAAGCACUAUCGUUUUUUCUCCUGAUCUGUUACGAUGCUAGUUUUUCUGUUCGUUUUCAGUCACGGUAGCAUUUUUUUUUCCACUCCUCACAAUCGUAGCAUGUUUGAUAUCUUCAGUUGGCUCAUUCCCCCACCCUGUCGAUUUGCUCGGCCCUUGCAUCUUGGGUUUCCCUCUGAAAUCCAGUCAGAAAUCUCAAAGAUACGGCAGCUUUCAUACUGAUGUGUGUGCAUUUCUUCUAAAUCUUCUGGCUGCUGCUUCUGGAAACUUCAGCUGAAACUUGGACUGUUUUACCUUCUGAAAAUGCAGACUGUUCGACCCUGUACAUGCGCCCCUCCCCCCACCCCGGUUUAUCGUGAAGGUGUUCUUUGUGAACCGUUUUCUGUAUUGCACUGAUAAUUCAGAGGGAAAACAAUUCUGGAAGCGUAUAUAUAUAUGUGUGUGACUUCCCAAUGCAAACCGAUAAAAGGGCUCAAUCUGUUUGUGUCUUUAACCUGUGAAACAUUAGGAGAUGUGCCCAGACUGCAUGCAUUUAUUGGACAAGUAAUAAUUGUUGAUGCACAUGCAGCAUGCAGGAGCGGUUUUAGCUAACAGCACUUAACCUACAUUUGUGUCCUAAUUAUAUUUGUGAGAGCAAACCCCCUUUAUCUUAAAUUCCCCUUUAAGCCUUAAUAGAACUGCUGAGCAGUUAGUGACCAUGUCCGUACCAUUAAAACUAACAAGGACGUAGCUGACUAGAUGGGAUGUAUUUCUUGAUAAACGUAUCGAUAGUGACCCAUAGGAUAGAGCUGAGCAGUAUGACAACCCUUCCCCUUAAAUCAUAGCAUUAGCAUAAACUAAGUGCCAUCUACAUUCUGUAAAGAUGAUAUAUUUUUAUUUCGCCACCUGUCAUCUCACUUAAGGCAGGUUUAAUAAGUAUUAAAAGACACUGUAAACCAAGCGCUCGUGAGAGUGUUAGGUUACAGAAUGUGCAUCAAAUCUUUGUGAUCUCUCAUGUUGUGAGCAUAAACAGUGCUCGCUCUUUAUUGGAGUUGGCGGUAUAUUAGGAUAUAUAAUUUGUGGUUGUCUAGAGCUUUUAUUGGGUUGGAUCUAUCCAGACGCCCAGUUCUAUAGUCGUUGUGCUGGUGUGGUCAUCUUUGUCUCCUAUUUGUGGUAACUGAUUGUAGAAGGAACUGAUUUCGUCUUUGUCGUUUUGCUGGUCCUUUUCCUUUCUCAUAAAAAAAAAAAAACAAUGCAGAAUAUGGAUGUGCAUGAUGUCUCAGCUGCAUAUAUCAGAGCCUUCUUGUUAUAUCAUUUAUAUUUUGUAAUCUGUAUUUCUGUACGUGUUUUUAAAAUACAUAUAUAUUUAAAUUCUCAGUGCUAA